CCGACGGCAUUAUUCUGAGGAAGACUCGCACAGGGCAUUCAUUAUCAAGUAAGGUCAACUGAAGAAAAUUAAUCAAGAAUGAACUCGAAAUUUCGACCUAUUCCUUUCAAUUGGGGGUGAUAUCAAAUAGUUUACGCGUUGCAUAAGUUUUUAUAUAUCGCCAUUAAUACAUGUAGACAUAUUAACCAUGAUAGUUUGGGGAAAAAAUCUACUGAUUAUUAGUGCGUAUGAACACGAUUUUUGAAAAAAAUAUUUUUAAUUGAAAAUAUAACUCGUUUAAUAUUCACAGCCGAAAUUUUGACCCUUUAAUGUAAGAAUAAAAGCAAUAUUUUGGCCUUAAAUCUGUAUUACGUAAGCAAAGAUUCGAGUCUCUUUUAUGUUUCCAAACAAACCAGUGAAAUAUAAAGCAUCUUAAUUUUGCAUAGUCGCAUAUUUUAAGUUUUAGAUAACACAUUUUACCCAAAGAAAGCUUGAAAUGUGAAAGAUAUAGUAAAGUUAGAUCGAUAUCCAUUUCUUUUGAAAAUUUCGUAAACAGUAACAUACUGCAAUCUUUAUCUACAAAACAAAUAAUAAAAUCUCUAAAAUAAACUUUUGUGAUAAUGAAAAACCUUUAAAAAUUCUUUGUGAAAUCUCUCGACAGUAGAUUUUGAUCAUUUAAAGUGAAAAACAAAAUGUUGGGGAAAUCGUGAAUCAGUCCCUUUAAGGGUAUCUAUGUCUCCAAGCAAUUAAUAUUAAAAUCGAAAUUUUUUCAAUCAAUUUCUGAAAUAUUGCAAUCUAAUACUAGAAACUACAUAUUUAACAUAACUAGUAAACUACAGAUUUAAUAUAAAUAGUAAACAACAGAUUUAAUAUGAAUAGUAAACUACAUAUUUAAUACUACUUAUAAAGUACAGAAUUAGUCAUUUGGAAUACUACAUUUUGAAAGCUCGAACCUCAAUGGAUAAAAAUAAAUAAAACAGUAUGAUGUGAAAGAUGAAUUGACGAGCACACUAAGAUUAUCCAAUGAAUUAUUUACUCACGUUUCGUAUGGAAAAUAUUCACGCUAAGUUCGGAUUUCAUAGUUCUGAAACUCAAAUGGGUUUAAAACACGUACCAAGAACAUCAACAACUACGCCUGUUUCUAUUGUCAUAAGUGUUCAUGUUUGAUAAUCCAAUUUGAAAUCACAUAAUUAUAUGCUAGUUUUUCUUUCUUUUCUUUUCUUUAAUUACCCAUUUCUAAUGUCUUUGUAUUUCAGUUGUUAAACAAAAUCAAAGUAUCAUGAUCAUUAUUUAUUUUUAGGGUGAGAAAGGCGAAAAGGGAGACCAGGGUCCUCUGGGACCCUCAGGACAGGAUGGACAAAUAGGUCCCCCCGGACUUCCGGGCCCACCGGGGGACACAAACUUUAUAAACAGCUCAGAGCUGAAAGGAGUUAGUCGAGUGAUACCUGGACCCCCAGGACCCCCUGGACCCCAGGGUCCGCAAGGUGUCCAAGGACGGCCAGGAAUAAAGGGUGAAAAAGGGAACGAUGGACAUAUUGGACCUAUGGGAUUACCUGGGCGUUUUGGGCCGCCAGGUGAAAAAGGUGAAAUCGGAGAUGCAGGUGUUCCAGGGCCGAUGGGACCGCCAGGUCCACCCGGGCCGAUAAACACAGUGAGUGGGGGUGCAUGCACAUGUCAGAAAGGAGAAAAGGGGGAUAGGGGAAGAAGGGGGAGGCGUGGAACAAAAGGCUUGCAGGGAAUGCCCGGACUAGACGCCCCUUGUCCCGUGGGUGAUAAUGGCCUUCCGUUGCCCGGAUGUGGUAUUCAGUAUUACAUGAAGGGGACCCCGGGCUGCCCCGUGGGUCCAGAUGGGAGAGCACGCUGUGAUAACAGUGGAAAUUCCAGAGGCUAGUGGGAUCUUUUGUGGCAUUUCACACAUUGGGAUUCAUAGAAAAACGCGUUCAUCUUAUCCAACGUAAUCUUCGUGCCUAUAUUGACAAAAGAACUCAACAAAUGUGCUGAUGCCUGAAAUUGGCAGUUUGUGGACGACUGCAAUCAGAGACGUCCGUUCUUCAUCUUCACCUUGCUCAUUUCACAUCCUGUACUUCACUGUGUGGCAUUAUCCAUAUUUCAUUAUUUGUUGUACUUCAAAUGUUUGCAUAUCGCAUUAACAAAACUCCUGAUGUAUAUAUAUAUUUUUACUUCUAAAUAUUAUUCAUUUAAAAAGGUGAAAAAUGAGCUGUAAUGUAUAUUUGAAAGAUACCUUUAUUUUUCAGUUUUCCAUUUAGUAUAAUAGUUGUAGUAUUGUAUAUUGCAUACUUAGAAUAGAAAUAAUGAAUAGUCCUUAUUUUACAUGUAUAAUAUGUAUAUGUAUAUACAUAGUUGUGGGCGUGUCUUCACUGCUAGAAAAAUGCAGAUCUACUGACAGAUGCUCUGGAUAAAGUUAAAUAUAUUCAUGCUUUUAGAUUUCAAACGUGUCAUUGGUAUUGCAGUGAAGGGUUUCACAGUUAUCGUUUGAUAGUGAAUGGUCCUUUUGUAUAAACUUGAUCAAAAGUAUUCAAUGGUGAAGGAUAAGUGAAUUUGUAAAAUAAUGGUCUUAAAAGUCAAAAAGCACAAAAUGUUUUACGCUAUGUAAAAAUCUUCAGAAAUUUACAGUACUUUUAUAUGUAGUUAUUUCGGAUUUCAAACAUUUCGGUUGAGCAUCACUGAAGAGACAUUAUUUGUCGAAAUGCGCAUCUGGUGCAUCAAAAUUGGUACCGUAUAUGUUUUACAUGUAGGAUAAGAUCAUCUAUACAAUGGGAAAAAAUGAUAAUGUGUAGUAAAUUAGCAAUUAUUUCAUGAAAUGGCGUAAAAUUUAUAUAAAGAAAAUUGAUGCAUAUAGUGUACAAUGCUGACGAUUAUCAAGUUACACCUGUUAAAUAUGGUAAGUUUAUACCUUAUGUAUGUAUAGUAAAGAUUGAAUAAUAUACAGUUUCAGAACUGCUGAAUGCAGUGUAAUGGUAGAAUUAACUAUAUUUAUUUUUAAAAAUCAACAUUUGUAAUUCAAAUUAAUAAAUAUAUCUGUCUAUCUGUAAUAAAGGUAUAAACAUUGAA